AUGGCAUAUAGAACUCACAGGAGACAGGGGAGCAUUGAGAUGUUAGAAAAUAUUGGAGUGGUGAAAAAGGAAAAUGGCACUGGAAGCCUAUAUACGCUACCUGUGCACUCCCCAAAGUCCUUCGAUUAUGUACUUGUGGUCUCAAAACUUGAUGAAGAUGGCACCGAGACCUUCAGGAAGCGCAGAGAUUUCAUUGAUGCUUUAAAGGCCAAAGAUUUAAAUAUAACUAAAUUUGCUGAUGGGAACAAAAUUUUUUAUGGGAUAAAGGCCCCGAAUGAGAUCUUUGAGACUUACAGAUAUCUGCUUAAAGUGUCUGAUGCCUGUAAUUGGAGCUGUGAGCAGCAUGGAAAUAUACCACAAUCAACAAGGAUACGAAUUGUUGAUUUCAUCCUGCACAACACCAGCAUAGAGAAUAAUGGUAAACAUGAAUACCUGUCAGAUCUCAUUAAAGAAAAAGUAUUCCAGGCUCAAUUUUGUCUACAUGAGAAAGAGGAACAGAAAGAACUGAGAACAAGUUGGGCAAGAUGGACAGCCUGUUUUAAUGGACAACCCAUAACAGAUGUAAGGACCUACUUUGGAGAAAAAGUGGCUCUGUAUUUCCUGUGGCUGGGCUGGUACACAUUUCUGCUAAUUCCUGCUGCUAUCCUGGGAGUCUUAGUCUUCCUUUAUGGCCUGUUUUUUUUCAAACCCAACCCUCUUAUAGAGGAAGUAUGUGAAUCAGACAUCAUCAUGUGCCCACUAUGUGAUAAGAGAUGUAAAGUCUGGCGACUCUCUGAUACGUGCACAUACGCAAAGGUGAGCACGCUAUUUGACAAUGAAGGGACAAUUGCAUUUGCCAUGUUCAUGGCAGUCUGGGCUACUGUGUUUCUAGAGUUUUGGAAACGCCACAGAGCCUCUUAUGUGUGUGAGUGGAAGGUUUUUGACUGGUGUGAAGAAGAGGAGGAACUCAUUCUGGAGAUUGUGAAUGAUCCUAAUUGCAAAUCAAAAAAGUACCGUCACUCAUACAUGCGCAGUACACUAGUGAUGGUGUUUGUGACACUAAUGCUGCUACUGAUCAUUGGGCUGACACAUGCCCUGGUGGUGUUCAGAGUAAUAGCCAGCGUGGAGUUUGCUAAGCUCACAAAGUGGCCAUUCCUUAGUGAAAACUCCAGCACUGUGGCUAUUAUCCUCGGAGCCGUACUGCACUACCUCACGAUAACCAUCAUGACUCGGGUCAAUCGCAUUGUGGCUCUGAAGCUAUGUGAAAUAGAGAAGGUGCGUUCACAUGCUGCUGUUGAAAGAAGCUUCACUGUGAAGAUGUUUACCUUCCAGUUUUUUACUCUCUUCUCCUCCCUCAUAUACACUGCAUUCUUCCUUGGCAGGAUAAAUGGACAUCCAGGGGGAUAUGUAAGGAUAGCUGGCAAAUGGAGAUUAGAGGAGUGCCACCCUAGUGGAUGUCUGACAGAUCUUUUCAUUCAAAUGGCUGUCAUAAUGCUGCUCAAACAGGUCAUCAGCAAUGUGUUUGAGUUCUCUGGCCCUUGGCUUAAACGGUGGCUAAAAAGGUGGCAGAGCCAGAAACUGAGGAGAAAAAUUAGCCAGUGUUCGAAGAAGGAUUGUAUGAAAGCACCAGAUGUUAAACUGUGUGACAACUGUCAACUGAAGGACCUGCUCUGGAACUUUGACCUUAAUAAUGUCGACCACUUCAGUCUAUUCAAAGAGUUCCAAGAUAUGGUGCUUCAGUUUAGUUUCACCACUAUCUUUGUGGCAGCGUUUCCUCUGGCUCCACUUUUGGCUCUGCUGAACAACAUCAUUGAGAUCAGACUGGAUGCUAUUAAAAUGGUCGGUCUGGAGCGCAGACUGGUGCCCAGAAAAGCUAAUGAUAUAGGUGUCUGGACAAAUAUCCUGGAGACGAUUGGUGUGCUAGCUGUAAUUGCAAACGGAUUGGUUAUUGGCAUAUCCUCUGAUUUCAUCCCUCGAUUGGUGUAUCGCUACCGCUAUGGACCCUGCGCCAGAUCCAAUGCUACUGGUAUUGAAUGCAUGUCUGGUUACAUAAAUGACACGCUGUCUAUCGCUGAUAUCAAAGAUGAAACAAUUAGAAGAGACUUCUUACCUCAACAACUCAUUCACAAUGGCACAAUUGUGUCACGCUGCAGAUAUAGAGACUACAGAAGUAAUGAAGACUACACUUUGACCAAUCAGUUUUGGGUUAUUCAAGCAGUCCGCUUUGCCUUCGUCAUUCUCUUUGAGCACGUAAUGGUGAUGUGUAAGUCAAUAGCGAGGUGGUAUGUGCCUAGUUCUUCAUUAGAAGUAAAAAAUAAUAGGCUGGAGGACAAACUUGAACGACUGAAGGUGGAACUGAGGCGUGAAAAACCAAAACAUUUCAGAUCACACAAUUGAUCUGGCAGAAGAAGGCUUGAAGGACAAACACUAGUUGCUGUGUACCGUAAACUCACUAUUUACAUGUGCAGAAUUCUUUGCUGGAGGCCUCAACUUGCAACACGUAUAGAUGUAGCCAGCACUUCAGUAUUUUUUGUUUGUUACUACUUUAUAAAAACAGCUCAGCUCCACUGUUGCCGCCAUGCUGACCAAAUGUUUGAGAACUACCACUGUUUCUCACAGAGCAGUGUUUCUUUUGUUAAAUAUUUACCUAGUCUAUGAUGUAAUGUUAUCAUCAUGUUGGAUUAAAAUUUAUUGUUUUAUUUGUUUUCAUAGUUCUAUUUUUACUUUACUAAUUCGCUAUGUAUGUUAAUGACUGUACUUAUUUUUAAAUUUGAAAAAUGA